AUGUCAGAUGGGGUAUCCUUGGAGUUCUACAUCACUGUAACCCUGGGAACGCCAGGACAAAUUGUUAAUCUCCUUUUGGACACCGAUUUCGGACAAAUUUGCGACAAAAAUUGGUGCGUCUACGAAGCCUCUUACGGCAGCGGUAGUUCCAAAGGCUCCGUAGCAACUGAAAAGUUAAUCAUAAUGAACGGCCGUUCUGCUACAUUUGUCAAAAACCCUUACAGUUUUGGAUGUGGCUUCAACAAUUCGGCCGACUUUAAUGGAAUAACUGGUUUCCUGGGUCUCGAUCGAAAUCCAUCAUCCUUCAUAUCACAAACUUCACAAAAAUACUUUUCUUACUGCUAUCCCUCGUCUUAUGGUUCCACAGGAUACAUAACCUUCGGCAAAACUCCUGAUGAUAAAAGAUACAAAUUCGUCAAGUUCACCCCAAUACCCACUUCUCCAAAACAUUCUCAGUCUUGCGAUAUCAUGGUAACCGGAAUGGCCAUCGCCGGAAAAAGGCUACCCGCAACUAGUUCAGAGUAUAGUAAAUCAGGAGCAAUUAUUGAUUCAGGAACGAGCGUUACAUUGUUGCCACCGUCUGUGUAUGCGGCCCUGAGAUCAGCUUUCCGUAAGAAAAUGUCAAAAUAUCAGAUGAUAAAACCAGGGAGCCCGGAUGAUUUUGAUACUUGUUAUGAUUUUAGCCAGUAUGAUAAAGUUGUAACACCAAAGAUUUCUUCCUUCUUCGAAGGCAGGGUGAAAUUGGAAGUGGAUGUUAAGGGAAUUGUGCUUGUUGCUAAAAAGGAUUUAAGCCAAGUGUCUAAGAGGAAUCGAGGUGCACCAUGA